GGACUUCGAAAUCACCGGAAUUCUGCGCGAUUGUGCGCGGGAGAAGAACAUCUUCAUUCAUGGGAAGGUGAAGGAUCAGGAUGCUGUUGUGAUCCUGGAGAAAACACCCAUCAGACAGGACACACUGUCUGAGUUACUGAAGAGCAGUCAACUCAAGCUGGAGAUGAAGAAUGAUGUGUACAGCACAUACCAGCUGCAGGCACCUGCACACCUGAACGAAUCAGGAGAGGAUUAUCGUAACCUCACCCUACCAUACAUCAGCAGCCAGAGCUUCAGUGUGCAGUGGGUGCAUAACAUAUUGGAGAAGAAAGCAGAGGCUGAUCGGAUUGUUUUUGAGGAUCCAGACCCCGAUACUGGUUUUGUUUUGUUGCCCGAUUUCAAGUGGGAUCAAAAGCAGCUACAAGACUUGUAUUUGAUUGCUAUCGUCCACCGGAGGGAUGUCAGAAGUUUAAGGGAUCUUGCAUCAGAUCACCUGCGGUUACUCACAAACAUUCGCAGUAAAGGAGAGGACGCCAUUCACCGGCAGUACGGCGUCCCUCCCAGGAAACUGCGCAUGUAUCUCCACUAUCAGCCAUCAUACUAUCACCUCCAUGUCUAUUUCACCUCUCUGGAGUACGACGCUCCAGGUUAUAGAGUGGAAAGAGCCCACUUGCUUUCCGAUGUCAUUCAGAACUUGCAGGCAGAUUCCGGUUACUAUCGCAACCGCAGCCUGGCGUUCCCGCUGCGGGCCGAUGAUGGUUUGCUCCUCAAGUUCAAAGAGGCUGGGAAACUCUAGAGACCUGAUUUUUCUGGAACCUUUUUUUUUUUUACUUUAUAAAUGUUAAUUACCUGUACACUGCUAAUCAGUUUUGAAAAUAUUUAUUAUUACAGUAUACACUCAAUGUAAUAAGGUCUUGAUUUGACCCUUGUCCAAAACCGGUUUGAUUUUGUCAUCAACUGAAUUUUUAUUAAAGUCCUGAUUGUUUUUUAA